UGUACACCCACAGUAAGUUCACUCACUUCUCUUCACAGCCUAGUCAGACUGUAAGGUGCUCCAAAUAUGGACAGCACAGGCCUUUCCUCAAACGCAACCUGUUCACUGGAACCCCCACAUAUCUCCAUCGGCGUGCUCAUCUGCCUGGUUCUCCUGCUUGGACUUCUCCUUAACAUCUUCAGCCUGUGGGUCUUCAUGCGUCGCAUUCCGCAAUGGAAGCCUGGAACCAUUCUUCAGUUCCACCUGGCCAUUAGCGAUGUUAUUGUUUGUCCACUAGCACCCUUUCUUAUGGUUUACUUCGCUCAGAGCGAAGACUGGCCUUUCGGGAGCUUCAUGUGCCGGUUCAAAAUUGCCUUGUUGACAAUUCACUUUUAUGGUAGUAUCCUCUUUCUUACUCUCAUCAGCAUCCACCGUUACAUAUCCGUGGUCUACCACAGUCAGGACUCCUGCAUGAAACAAAAGGACUUUGUCAAGAAGCUUUGCGUAGGGGUUUGGCUUGUUGUGCUGAUAAAAGGAGGAGUGUGCCUUUGUCUUUUGGAUGUAAGCACAGUAAACAACCAUACACUAUGCCUUAGCAUCCACCAGAGAGAGAACACUGAGGUGUAUUUUGUCAUGAACUUUUUUCUACUCAUUCUUGGCUUCCUUGCUCCAUUCACCGUAUCACUGUUCUGCUACAUCCGCCUGGCAAAGUCUGUGUCCAGCAUCAAUGCCUGCCACCAGAAGGGCAAGCUGAUAAAGAGCAAAUCUCGCAAAACGGUGGCUGUUUGCGUGGUCAUAUUCGGACUCUGCUUCUUGCCCAUGAACGUGGUUCGCACUGUGGUUGUGGUGGUCAGAAAAUACUUUGCCAACAACUGCAAACUUUUUUAUCAAGUGGAAACUGCCUAUUUUGCAUCAUGGAUCCUGUCUUCAGCCAACUGCUGCCUCGACCCACUUAUCUACUGUUUUUCCUCGCAAAACUUCACGAAAGCCAUCUACAGCUCUCUGAGGAAAAUUGGGGCUAGGAUCCAAACACCUCGUGAGGACCAGGAGCAUAACAGUGCUCUAAACACACAUAUCACUCGCUCUGCAGGUAAUAAGGAAAAUAAUUCAGACACUCGCUAGGUUUUAUGCCUGACUAUAUACAAAUGUACAGGGGCAUCACAGCUAGGGGAAUAAUGGAGCUGACUACGUAGCACCCCAAGGUGAAAGGGGCCCUCAAAGGGCCUGGACUAAAAAUGUUGCUUUGGUAUAAACUUUUAUAGCCAAAGGUUGGUAGACACCUUCUUGUCCAAUGUUUCUUCCAAAAUCAACGGUGCAGUAGCAGCCUCUACUUCUCUGGGACAGCUUUACGCUAGAUGUUGGAACAUCUAGAGCAUUAGUGAGGUACUGAUGUUGGAUGAUUAGCUCUGGACCACAAA